AUGGCGCAGCAUCCAUCCUUUACAUUAGCGGGACUGCGCGGUACGGCAGGAUAUCUCAGAACGCGCUCGGCACCAAGCUUGAUAGCUGGUCUUGGUCUUGGCGCCUCCUAUGCCUAUGCCGGUACGCCUGCUCGAUCCAAUUACUGUCAUAUCAGCGAUAUAGUUUUCAAAAGUGGCUACUUGAUCAAGGAGAAUCGUGACUACGGCACCGAGCUAGCGCUAGGCAACAGCGUGGUUCUUUUCGGUUCCGCUGUGCCACGCAUUAUCAAAACUGGUGGAAGAGCUCCAGUACCUCUUGCUUUAGGCGCUACAGGUGCCUUAGCAACAUGGUAUUACCAAAAGAAAAUGCGAGAGUUCAGAUAUGGCGUGUAG